AUGUGCUGGAGAGGAAGAGGAGGAGGAGGAGAAGGAGGAGAAGAAGAAGCUUUAGCAGCGCGACAGCAGCAGCGCGACAACGGGAGGUUGGAGGGGAGGAAUUCCAGCAGAGCGAUUCCUCGUCGAUGUGGUGUAACAAAAGUAAAGCGUAUAGUAUCAGUUUUCAUCGUGCUUAUCGCGGAUCAUCGCGAUUGCUCGCCGCGCGAUGGUAAUGAAUGGUUGAUUGCGUUGGGUGGUCGAGUGUCGUUUUUCGUAACCGCGUGGCACAAGGCACGAGCUUAA